CCCCUGCUUUUCUUCUCGUGCCCCCUGAGUGGACUAACAGUUUGGCGUUGGGACGACGCUGAGCUCAGACGCCAUCCUCAAGAGCCAGAUCCUUUUGAUGUUCACAGGAAGAAGAAGGUAGUCCCAUCAUCGCACUGAGCCUGUGGUCAUCUGCUCAUCUCUGCAUCAUCACCUGCCAUUUGUCCACUGACUUUAAGGAAGAAUUGUCCCAUCGGAUGAGGAGCCGCUAACUGAGCAAAAAACAGCCUUCCAGACAACUUUUCUGCAGCAAAAAAGCAGUGACUUCACCUUUUCACCUCUAGUGCACCCUCCUUUCGCACAUUCUCUCCUCCCUCUUCAGUCUUUGUGUCUCAGGUGUGUGUUCGGCCUGUGAGCAGUGAUGGGGGACUGGAGUCUCCUGGGGAAUUUCCUAGAGGAGGUCCAGGAACACUCCACCUCGGUCGGGAAGGUCUGGCUCACCGUCCUCUUCAUCUUUCGCAUCCUGGUGCUGGGCACAGCAGCCGAGUCCUCCUGGGGCGACGAGCAGAGCGAUUUCCUGUGCGACACUCAGCAGCCCGGUUGCACCAACGUGUGUUAUGACAGUGCCUUCCCCAUCGCCCACAUCCGCUACUGGGUGCUGCAGAUUGUUUUUGUCUCCACACCAUCCCUCAUCUACAUGGGCCACGCCAUGCACAUUGUGCGCAGGGAGGAGAAGCUGCGGAGGAGCGAGCAGGAGGAGAGGGAGGAGAGGGAGGAGAGAGGGGAAGGCGGAGGAGACCUGGAGCGUGAGAAGGAGUAUAUCCAGCAGAGGGAGAGCAGAAAAAUCAUGGCAUCUGAUGGGACUGGCCGUGUUCGCCUGAGAGGAGCACUGCUGCAGACUUACAUCCUGAGCAUCAUGAUCCGCACAGUGAUGGAGGUGACAUUUAUCGUGGUGCAGUACAUGAUCUACGGGGUGUUCCUCAGGGCAUUGUACCUGUGCAAGGCCUGGCCUUGCCCCAACCCUGUUAACUGCUACAUGUCCCGGCCCACAGAGAAGAAUGUCUUCAUCGUCUUCAUGCUGGUGGUGGCCGGUGUGUCUCUGCUGCUCUCUGUGUUGGAGCUCUACCACCUUGGCUGGAAGAGCGCCAGGAAGUGUUUACUCAACAAGAAGAUGCAGAGGAGCAACAACAGAGCUGUGACGGUGGCCGUGUCUGCAGCCUUGGAGCCCAACAGCCCACCUCUGCCCUCGGCCUCCUGCACCCCACCUCCUGACUUCAGCCAGUGUCUGGCAGCCCCGAGCUCCAUGAACCCCAUGACCUCUUUGGCCUCUCAUCCCUUCAACAACAGGAUGGCGCUGCAGCAGAACUCAGUCAACUUGGCCACAGAACGGCAUCACGGUUGCGACAACAUGGAGGACGAGGAAGAUUUCCUGAGGUUGAGAUACGACCAAGCGCACACAGAGCUGCCCAACAGCUGCUCUGCAUCGCCUCUGCUACACUCUGGCUACAUUAAGGACAAACGCCGCCUGAGCAAGACUAGUGGGACCAGCAGCCGGGCUCGCCAGGAUGACCUGGCAGUAUAGACUCACAACCAGAAAGAGUGGCAGACAGGGAGGAGAGGGGGGGGGGGUGAGCUUUCAAAACCAAAGAGAAGGGACAGAAAGAUCAGUUUAGGAAGACACUAAGAGGAGUCAAAGUGUGAUUA